UCGAUAUAAUUUUAUCGACAACCUUGGCCACAGCAAGAUGGUGGAACCGAUUACUCCUGUCGAAAAACAUUGUGCAACAAGUGGUUUGCGAGUGAAUAAUUAAAAUAAAUAUAAAGUUGUGCGGCGAAUGGGAAGUGUUGUAUUGUGUUUGAAAUAAACUAUAUAAGGCUUAAAGCGUACGAGUGCUGACGAACGUCGAGUCAGGCGUGAAGACAAAGUAUAGGCAUAAAGCCGAACGAAGUUCUCGGCUGCCUCCGGCUGCGUGAGGAAAUAGAACUCCUUUGGCCACAUAUUAGCAGAAUAAAGAAAGAACACGAUGGACAUCAUAUUAUUGAAGCGUCUUAGAACAUUUGCCAAUAGUAUAAAAGAGCAUCAAGCGAAAGCAUCAGAGCUAUGUGCGUGUCGUCCAUGGGAAGGUAAUGAAGUGGAACAAGCCGCUAUCAUUGCCUCCAAGUUACAGUCAACGCUGGGGAAAUUUCAGAGUGAUCUCUAUCAGUAUUUUAAUACAAGCACUGAUCCGAACCCUGAUGAGGUCUCGACCUUAACAGAGAUACAAUUACAAGGCGAGGAAAUUUUAGCUGAACUUAAUGCCAGAAUACAGUCCAUUAAAGAACAAGGCCAAGUUAAGUCCGACCCUGUUAAGAAUAGAAGUAAGCUACCGGAAUUAGAGCUUGUGUCUUUCCAUGGCAAUGUCCUAGAGUGGACCCAAUUUUGGGACCAGUUCAGUUCCAACAUUGAUCAAAGAAACUUGAGAGAUGUGGAUAAGUUUCUUUAUCUUAAGGCUUCCUUGAAGGGUGAAGCAAAAAUCAUAAUUGACGGUUUGGAAACCACAAACGAAAAUUAUAAAAUAGCCGUAGAUACACUUAAAGAAAGAUAUGGUAAUAGAAUACAGAUUAUUGACGCUCAUUACUCCUCCCUAUAUAAAGUUAAGAAAGCGAUGAAGCCUCAAGAUUGCAGGAAAACAUUAGAUGAAUUAGAAAGACACCUUAGAGUAUUGCAAUCCCUAGGAGAAGACACUAAUAAGAAUAACUUAAGGUUCCUUUUCAUGGAAAAAUUUCCUGAAGAUGUGAUUUAUGAGUUGAAACUGAAGUUGAAAACUGAAUCCACAGAAGAGAUAAGGAAACAGUUAAACGCUAUCAUAACGGCAAAGGAGGAUGUUGACAGAAUUAAUGCAGAGGACAAAAAUAUAGAACCUACCUUCACCACUGAAACGUUACACGUGAAAAUUAAUAAAGUUAAGGAUAAUAAUAAACAUUUGAAGAAAUUCACUGGUGAAAGGAAAUUUAAAAAUGAAUAUAAUAUGAAACCUAAAGGGAAACCCAUCAAAACCGAACCGGGUACUUCAACAUUUUCUAGCGUAGACAGAAGGAAGAGACCGUAUGAAGCCAAUAACGAAUCAAGAAAUCAAUAUCCACCUAAAAAGCGAGACAGGAAGGACUGUAUAUUUUGUCACGGUGAUCAUUUCAAUGAUAGUUGUCCGCGCUUUACAACUUUAGCUGAGAGAAAAGGCAAGUUAUCUGACCGCUGCUUCAUAUGUUUUAAAUAUGGUCACAGACAAAACACCUGCAGAACAACACAUGUCUGCCAUUAUUGUGGGGCAAGAAACCGACAUAACAGAGCAUUAUGCCCUGACAAAGAACUGCAAAAUACCACGACUACGUCUACUUAAACAACAAAAAAUCAAGAUAAACAACCAUUUUCAAA